GCCCUCAGUUACAAUGGCGCUCACUGAUCUUCAGACUCCUCCCCCCAGCUGUGCUGCUCACCGCCCGGUGGGCCUGCAGUGUCCUGGCAGUAUUGUAGGAGUGGAAGCGGCGGUGGCUGGAAGUGUGGCCCCCAGGAUGAGUCUAACCCCGCAGGUGUAUUGGGCACAGCGGCACCAUGAGCUGUAUCUCCGGGUGGAGCUCAGCGAUGUCCAGGUAGCACUCACGGCUAACGUUAGCCACCUCUUUUCUGAAGAUUAGACUUCCUUUAUUUUUUUAGCUGAAACGUUGUCCACUAAACACCGAAUUGUAGAAUGUGCAAAACCGAGGUUACAAUAGCCAAGUUGUGAGGGUGCAGAUAAUGUUUUUUUUUGCAUAAAAUGUGCCAUUCGCAUUGCAGUUCACUACAGUUCGAAGUUUAGUGAAUAAGCCCUCUAGGAAUUCAUUUGGAACGUUUAAUAUAACGAUUUACUGAUAGAAGUUCUUUACUUAUCUGGUAUAAAAUCCAGAGAUUUUUAGGCCUAACUAGGUGAACCCUCUCAUUUAGUUAAUAUUCCAGCAUGGAAAAUACGAAUCUCUUGUUAGGUCUUCAUACACCUUGGUUUUAGUUGGGAAUAAAACUAUAUAUUGUAUCAUUUGCAGUGUUUAAACUUGCAACCUUUCAAGGGACACAUUCAUUUUGGAAUUCGGAUCAAAGGUUUUUCCUUCUUGGAUAUAUUCCCUACAAUGCAAUUGUGUGCAGGAAUGGUGGCCUCCAGUUUCCUGAUUGAUCCCUGGUUCACAUUGCAUUUCUGGCACCUCCCAAAUGUGCUGAUUCAUCCUCCCAUAUACCUGUCACUGAAUGAGCCCUCCAUGGCGAGGCUGUGCAUAGGUGUACUGGUGUGUGAUACACCAAUAUUAUUGCAAUCAAAAUAUCAAAUUCACUAAAAUGGGCAAGAGCAAGGAUACAGCAAUGAAACACUAUGUCACAGGGGAAGAUAAACAAAUUAUAAUAAAACACCGAUCCGCACAAUGCUUCAUAAUGUGCUAUCAGUUUUAUAAACGCUACUGUUGGCAGCUCGAAGAUUUACUACUGUACUUCCAGGGUUAUUCACUAAAAUGAGUAUUUAAAGGCAAUUAUACAUUUAAGGUCAUAGUAGCCAUAAUGGACAGAUAAUCUUACCGUAUAAUAUAGCUAGUUUGGCUUUGAAUUUAAAAUUUACUUUAGUAAAUAACUCUGUACUAACAUACACUAAAAGUUGCAUUUGCCCUCCAAAAUCAGAAAAACAAAUGGUAAAUACGAUAUCUUCAAGCGAAAUGAAAUUCACUUUAUGUGCUAUAUGCUCUCAGCCCAUGUGCAGGGUCUGUGGCUGUUAAUGUGCCAACAAGAACUGAAGGUAGAUGCCUUUUUUGCAUUCUAACCCCAUCUCCACCAUUGUGCGACAGAUUUAGGUGCUGCAUGCACUGUUGCUCCAUCACAAAAUUCUUAAAGGACCACUCUAGGCACCCAGACCACUUCAGCUUAAUGAAGUGGUCUGGGUGCCUGGUCCAGCUAGGGUUAACCCAUUUUUUCAUAAUUAUAGCAGUUUCAGAGAACUGCUAUAAUUAUGAAUGGUUUAAGCUUCCCUAUUCUAGUGGCUCUCAUUGACAGUUACUAGAGGCGCUUGCGCGUUUCUCACUGUAUUUUACAGUGAGAGCAUCUAUGCCCAUAGGAAAGCAUUGUAAAUGCUUUCCUAUGCGACGGGCUGAAUGCAUGCGAAUGCGUUUCCAGAGCCGGGCGGGAGGGGGUCCCUGAGGGUGGGGGCACCCUCAAGGCACUAUAGUGCCAGGAAAACAAGUAUGUUUUCCUGGCACUAUAGUGGUCCUUUAAUUAAAAUUUUUUUAAAUUAAGACCAAUAAGGAAUAAUGAAUAAUUGCAUAGUACAUUUGAAUGUGUUUUUGCUGGUGUUCUAAUAGUCAAGGACUGAACUGGAUCCGUUAAUGCACAGUCCCUUCACUACAGCCAAUCGUGAUGAUCUGAUCUUUCCUCACUCAAGUGUUGCUACUUCCGUGUCUGUCUCCCUCCAAGUCAACGGCGCUACUAUAACCUCUACCUUGAAGGCUUGCUGCUGAGGUGUUCUCUUUGACUCUGACCUCAUGUCCAGUUGAUUGCCAAAUCCUGCCGCUUCCAUCUCAAAAACCUAGCUCACAUCCGCCCCUAUUUAACGCCGGACGAGGCUAAGGUGCUGGUUGUUCUCUCGUCUUGACUACUGCAAUCCCCUUCUCAGUGGUCUUACGUGUUCCCAGAUUGCACCACUGCAAUCUAUAAUGAAUGCAGCGGCGAGGCUCAUUUUCCUGUCUGCCCGCACCUCACUCCCUCUGUCAGUCCCUACAUUGGCUUCCAGUUAGAUAUAGGGCUCAAUUUAAGAUUGUGGUGAUUGCUUACAAGUCCCUACAUAAUGCUGCUCCAACCUCUAACGUUCGCCUCCAAGACUUUUCCAGGGCUGCACCUCUUCUGUGGAACUCCCUUCCCUCCUCCGUAAGAAUUUCACCCAGUCUCCACUCAUUCAAAAAAUCAUUGAAAACACACUUCUUCAAGAAAGCAUAUCAAUUAAGCUGUUAGCAGGUUUUCAUCCCCCAUGACUCCUCUUCUGCAACUGUCAAAAAUAACCAAAGUUCUCAGUGAAUAUUUUUUCUAGCAACUUAUACCCUCUAGCAUGUAAGCUCAUUGAGCAAGGCCCUCAACCCCUCUGUUCCUGUGCGUCCAUUUGUCUGGUUACAGUUACGUGUCUGUUAGUCCACCCAUUGUACAGCGCUGCGGAAUUUGCUGGCGCUAUAUAAAUAAUAAUGCUCUAACCAAACCAGGAAGUAACAGGACCUGUUGCCUGAUUAACAGCCAGGUGGUAUAACAAGGUUAAUUUAGAAAAGUAUCAAUUUCCAUUGAAAUCUGCACUUUUUGUAAAAUAAAGAUACUCUUCACACACAAAGUGCUUCAUUAACUAAAGUGCUUUAAGUGUCUGCAUAGUUCCUUUAAGAAGAAGCUGCACUAGAGGCUCAUUUUUGACAAAAUGUAAACCAUGACAUUUCGCAAAAAAUGGUUUUUCAUUUUCAGACUAAGGGAGCAACAGCUAUACACCAAAAACAACUACAAUUACAAUAUAGAGGUUUUGGUGUUUAAACUGUCCAUGGUUUGUUUUAUUAGUUGAAGCCUAAAAUAUAUAAACAUAUUCCUCUAGUGGUUUAUGAGCUAUAACAUAAACAAGAAAACUAGAUGUUGUAGUGAGACAUUCUCUUAUCUCAUACAAAGUUAAGUCCUGCGCUCAAGCUCCCACUACUCCUAGGCGGCAGCAAUGACCAUAGUAUACAUACAAUAAAGAACCAAAGAAAAGAGUUACUUGUGCACUAUUCCAAAUCCCUAUGCACAUUUAAUUGAUUUGCAAUGAAGUGGUCUGGGUGCCAGGUCCAUCUAGUUAACCCUGCAGCAGCAAACAUAGCAGUUUCUGAGAAACUGCUAUGUUUACAUUAGGGCUAAUCCAGCCUCUAGUGGCUGUCUCAUUGACAGCCGCUAGAGGCGCUUCUGCGCUUCUCACUGUGAAAAUCACAGUGAGAAGACGCUGACGUCCAUAGGAAAGCAUUGAGAAAUGCUUUCCUAUGGACUGUUUGAAUGCGCGCGCGGCUCUUGCCGCGCAUUCGCCGGAAGAGGGAGGAGAUUUCCCCAGUGCCGAGGGAGCCUGGCGCUAGGGAAAGGUAAGUGAUUAACUCCUUCCUCCCCCUUAAGCCCAGCGGGAGUGGGACCCUAAGGGUGGGGAGGGGGAAUAUAAAAACCCUAUAGUGCCAGGAAAACGAGUUAACAUCUCUGAGACAAAGGUGGGUAUUUUCUAAAGCUUAUCACAAGGAGUGGGCAGCAGCAUUGUAACAUUGUUAGGACUCUCCUAAGUGGUUUUGCCUUGACUUUGUAGGUGAGGUUACACUUUAAUGGCCAAUGGAGUGAUCCUAAAGACUAUUCAGUUAUAAUGUGCAUAGUGAUUUGGGUUGGUGUUCAAGUAACGAUUUCUUUGGCUGGUAUUGUCUUAUCUCUGUUUGAAAGGGGAAGUUGCUUUUCAGUAAACAAUUUAGCUGCAUUAAAAAGUCAUUGAAAUGGUGAUCGUGUGGUGUUAGUGGGUGCAGUUUGAAGAGGAACUUUAUUUUCAUUCUGCCACUGAAACCUGAGCAAGGCUUUGUCCAAAACUUUUAACAGAGCAAAUAGAAGUUGCCAUGGAGACCACCUACAGUACCUACUAUCACACUACUCUGCAUAAAUUCUAGUUUAUUCCCAUGGUAACUUCUACUCUGCAUAUAAAGGAAAUCAACACAGUAAAGGAGGAGACUAUAUUUAAAAGAAGAAAAACUACCACAACAAGAGGACAUAGUCUUAAAUUAGAGGGACAAAGGUUUAAAAAUAAUAUCAGGAAGUAUUACUUUACUGAGAGGGUAGUGGAUGCAUGGAAUAGCCUUCCAGCUGAAGUGGUAGAGGUUAACACAGUAAAGGAGUUUAAGCAUGCGUGGGAUAGGCAUAAGGCUAUCCUAACUAUAAGAUAAGGCCAGGGACUAAUGAAAGUAUUUAGAAAAUUGGGCAGACUAGAUGGGCCGAAUGGUUCUUAUCUGCCGUCACAUUCCAUGUUUCUAUAUCACAGGGCUUACACAAAUGAUUGUUUCCUCUUGCAAUAACCAUUGAUACUUGUGGGAAGAGUGUUGAAUGUACCAUCAUGCUAGAAUUAAUGAAACUUUAAUGGAAAUUAAAGCCACAAAAAGUCUUAGAAGCCAUCAUUGCAUGUGCUGCGUGCAGCUGUAUUUUGACAGUGUUAAAAAUAAACAUUCUGAGAUGUCUUAUAACUUAAAUAACUGCUUAUCUUGCAUUUUUAAUGUUUACAUCAGAUAUAUACACACCAUUUAUAAAAUUGUAUUUUAUCUGUACAUUGUGCUAGCAGAAUUCUUAGCAAAUAUAAUUUACUGCAAAUUCUGCAUAACAAAGAUAUGGUGUGUAACUGUAUCCACUGUAGUGGUAAUUGUACCCUGCCCCAUAUGCAAGUAGAAACGUGUUUUAGAAUGGUUUAACUCCUCUGGACGCCCAGUGACUUGGCUCAGGAAAGCUGAGAUAAGAGAUGGAUUCCAAGAAAGAAGUCAAACGGUUUUCAAAUGGGUAGCAAUAAAAAUGAAUUCAAAUUUAAUUCAGCUCUCAAUGAUUACUGUGUAAAUCUGAUGUGAGGUAAGUAUGAUUUUCCACUUUAUCGUAGCGAAUCAAACUGGAAGAACCACUGGCAUCCCACAUAUCAAGGUAAGUAUCAAGUCGUUCCUAAACCGUGUGAUAGUGGUUAUGGUGUCCCUUUUAGCUCUUGCAUAAUGACUGACCAGUAUAAAAUGCAAUUUAGAAAUAGAACAGAUUUGUAUGUUAAUAAAAAUAUUUGAUGGCUAUACAUGCACAGUGACAAUGUUAAUUAUGUUUCCUUGUUAUAGAGUCCUGAAAUCCACAUUUCAGAUAACACCCUGCAUUUCAAAGGUGGGUACAGAGCUGUGUUUGGUAUUGCUAAUAUCAGCAGGAAGUUUAAAAUUCCAUGCAUGUUUGAUAUGAUCAGCUGAUGAAAGAGCACAGUUUAUUUGCGGAUAUCCUCACCAAUAGCAGGUUAUGGCAUUGUACACUGACAAAGGGACAGGAGUACCUAAACGUGUGAUUUGUGCUCUUUAUAAAUGUUCUGGGAUUUUCACAAGUGGCCCCUAUCUGCUAAACUGUUAAUUGCGAUUUUUCUAUGUUUUUAGGUGUUAAAUAGCAGGUUAGAGGAGGCAGCCCCUAAAAAGCUGCUGUGCAUUAUGCAAGAGCUGAAGUCAAAACAAAAUGUGUAAGGGAAUGUGUUUGCUUCUGUGUUUUAGUAACCUCAUGAAGACGUUAGCUUUACAAGUAAACAAUAUUUUGCAAGUAUUUUGAAAUAGAUACACAUUCAAGGGAGUGGAUAGGUUGCAUAGAGUGUACGAAGUAUCAUUGUCCAAGAGAGAGGUCUCUGGGUGUUCGAAAGAGCCCCAUUUUAUGACAAACUGUUCCUAAUAAACAUUGACAUUAAACUUGGAGAUUCUAGAAUAACCAUAGAAGCAGUGAGCUGUAGGUGUUAUGUUGCUUAGUGUGCCCCUUUAAGAUUGAUAAGAAUUCUGACAUUCUUAUUAUGUUCAUCCUGUGAUCUAAUGAUGUAUUUAUCUUCUUCCCAUGUGUCAUUUGUUUAUCUGUAUGCUUCUUUUAUCUCAUGGAUUCUGUCAUGUAUAUCUCUCAUUUUCUACUCUUUCUGUCAUGUCACAUGGGACUGCAUAACUCAUUUUUGUUUUAAUUAAAUCUUAUUAAAGGGGUUUUAUUUAAUUACAGUAUGCUCACUAACUAUUUUUCCACUCAUUGUAAGAAAUCAAAUAAUUUUUUUUUUUUUUUUUUUUUUUUUUUUUUACCAAGCUCUAGGACAUGGUGCUAAAGGAGUUAAUACGUAUGAAUUUUCCUUGGAAUUCCUAGAACCUGUGAAGCCGGAGGUUGGUUUUUCAUUAUUAGGGAACAGAAAUUUUAAAGGAUUGCUAUAUUUUUACUAUAGACUUGUAUUUAUUUUUUUACUUUUUACUAACCGUGUCCAUCCACCUUUUCUUAAUCUUAAAACGUGUUAAAAGAAUAAAAACGUACAUUGAAUACAGCACCAGACCAAGCGAAGCUCUCAAGCAUUUCCACACCUCUUCCCAACCCCAUAUCCGUCUUCAUGAUUCACAGCGCAUGUACAUGUUUCGAGCUAGGGGGUGGACAAAGGAUGUAGGGAAUAAUAAAAAAAAGUAUAAUUUAUAAUUAUCAGAAAAGAAUAUCUGUCAAGGAGGGAAGGGAGUGGACUAACAAGCUUACCCUUGCAGGCAGAUUACUGGCACUGCCUGCAAGGGUUUAAUCUCAUUUAGUUUGUCACCAAUGCGCACCGACAACAGACUUAAUUUAUGCAUAGAGCUCCAGGCUGCCUAAGUCACGUGUGCCAGAGGUGUAACUAGUCUCCAGCACAAAAGUAAGCCUAAACUCUUCACAUACAGAUUCCUUCCUCCAUAACCACUUCUAAAAGCAGAAGUGGUCAUGGAUGUUGGAGUAACCCUUUAAGUUCAUUAUUGGCUUGAAAUGGUUAAUAACACACCGGAGAACAUUUUCACUCCUCUUUUCAGGUUCAGCAACGGUCCACACAGCGCCAAGUCGGUAUCACUGUGAAGAAAUGCGAGAGCAAUUGGUGGCUGCGCCUGACCAAGCAGGAGCGCAAGCCAUUGUUCUUAUCCCCAGAUUUUGAUCGCUGGCUCGAUGAAUCCGAUGCCGAGAAGGAGCUGCAUGACAAGGUGUGUCUAAUAGAUCGUGUGGAAUAAAUAGUUUGCUUGUUUUUUGUUCUCCAAUUCUUAUUUGAACCAAAAGAUCUUCAUCAUGCUUUGUCUUGUACUUGAAUGUUAAACAUUUCCACAAUCAUAGUCUUAAAAUAAAUGCUUUUUAUUCUUCGUUUCAAGGCAUUCUGACAAGACCAUGUCAUAUAGUUGAUUGUGAAGUUCUGUUUUCUAUAUAUAGUAGUUUUUUUUUUUUUUACUUUUAGUUUGACCUAUUUAUUAAAAAUGCUUUACUCUGUCUGUCUUCUAGGAACAAAGAAUAACAAAGAUCAGGACAGAAUCCAGAACACGUGAAGAUCGUAAGAUUUGGGUGAAGGGAUCUAAAUAAAAUCAGUGGAGGAAGUUUUAUAUAUGUUUUUCAUUCUAAAAAGUGAUAUGAAGUACUAAAAGUGGGGCAGUCACCAUACAAACUAAUAGAACCAGCAGGCACAUUCCAUUGGUGACAUCUGCCUUUUUUAAUUGUAAUUUAGCACAGAACACUUUUGAUAAAUCUCCCUCUAUCUUUCAAAGACACUUAUCCUUGUAGGUACCGUUUUCAAGCAGUUUGAUAAGCACAAAUAUUUUUCUUCACCUAAGGCUUCUUCUGUUUGAGGUGUGAUCAUAAGGACAAUUAGCGUUGAAAACUUCCUGUGUUGUCAAAUCCGAGUAAGAGUCAGUGUCGGUUUAGUGGUGCCAAAAGAGUAAAUGGUGAUUCAAGGUUGCUGUAUCCUGCUUACCCCAUACUGAUAUAUUGGAUGGACAGAGAGGAGAUUAAACCUUCCUUAAUACUAUAACAACAUCAAUAAACUAGAUUGGUUAUGGUGAAUACUCCCUUUAAAUGCUAUCUCCCCCACAUUGAGAUCACAUCCUGAAUUCUUUACUAAUCAAAAAUUCAUAUAUAGAUAAGACAAGAAAAAAAAUAAUGGACAAAAACCCUCUUAAUUCCAGCUUUUGUUACAAAUUUCCAGGAUUUGAAGACAAACCAGGUAGUGGCUUUUACCAAUUCUAAUGCUUUCAUAGCUUUCUAUGGACAGUGUUGGGCAAUUCCUAUUGACUGUGGAGCAAGGUGUGUUCUGAGAGCUGUAGCUAAGCUCUCUGUUCCCUUCUGUAGAAGACUUAUAGCUGUACUACAACUUCACGAAAAGUCUACUCUGCAUCGUCCUAAUUUCUAUCUAUUGGCAAAGAGUUCAUGUGCAGUUUUGUUAUUGGAGCAAAAAAGGAGAAUCUGGGGAUUGAGAGAAUAACAAGAAGAAGGGACUAACAAACCUAGAUAAUUUCUUUUUUUCUUAUUUCUCUUUUCAUUUUGUGCCAGUAUUAUGGCUGUAAAAGCAUUAUAGGAGAUGUAAUCCAAAAUACCUACAUUGCUGCAGGCUGCCUGUGCUUUUGUGUUUGGUUUGGUUUUUGUAGUAGUAAUCAAUGCAAUGUUUUAUCUGUUCUACCAGCCUUCCUGUAUGUGAAGCGUGGUUACUUGUUUAUGUAUAACCUGGUACAGUUCUUGGGUUUCUCGUGGAUCUUUGUCAAUAUGACUGUCCGACUCUUCAUACUGGGAAAAGGUGAGCAAGAGCUUUUUGUUACUGUCUAAAUUAAAAUAUCGUUCUUUCUCAUGUGACCAAACCCUUCAUGUUGGAUUCCUAAUUUCCGUUUGUUUGCUAUUGGUGUUUUUGAAAUUCUGUUAGUAAUUCACUGCUUUUUAGCUUGUUAGCCACGUAUGUAGUUGUGGUCCAAUGUAUGUAACAGUUUGUUCUUGUUUCUGCCUUUUUAUAGACUCUUUCUAUGAUACCUUCCACACCAUGGCUGACAUGAUGUACUUUUGCCAGACACUGGCUGUCUUGGAGAUUAUAAAUCCCUUAAUAGGAUUGGUGAAAACUGGAGUCUUCCCGUCAGUGAUCCAGGUAUUAUGAGACAGACUGUGCACUGGUUUGAACUCACAAAUGGGGAACUAGAAUGCCGGGAAAACAACUUUUGUUUUCUUACACUAUUGUGUCCUUUUAAUAGCUGUUCAUCAGCUGCAACAGCUUUAUCAGCUAAUGUGCUUCUUCACAUUUUACGAAAAUCAGCAUCAAUCAAAACCCAAUAUGAAAGCAUUGAUCAAUAAUUUCAUAUAGGAUUUUGCUUGACACUGGACAUCCUCUAAAAAUGCUAGUCUUAAACUGCGUUGUUUACAUUGCAGUGCUAUCUAGAGCUGACCGGCUAAAGUGACACUGCACCUUGACCCCUUCAAUGAGAUGAAGUGGUCUGGGUGCCUGUAGUGUCCCUUAUGAAGAGUGAACUCUACAUAUGGUUCGGCCAUAGGUUUAUUCACGUGCUUCAUUGUUUGACCUAAGUACUUAUACACUGUUACAGAUUAAAGAACUGUACAACCAUCAGAUCAUCACACUUUCUGUCUUGUGAUUUCCUUCAGGUCGUGGGAAGAAAUGUCAUCCUAUUUAUUGUUCUUGGCCAACUUGAAGAGAUGCAGAAUAAGGGGGUGGUGUUUUUCGUGUUUUAUUUGUGGAGCACCAUUGAAAUCAUCAGGUGAGAAAUUCAUGAUCUGUUUAUAAAUCCUGUUGAGUUGUUGGUUAGUCGUGUCUUAUUAAUAUGCUUACGAAGGAGAUAUUUCAAAUAUUAUGAUACUGAUCUGUCGGAAAUGGCACUCCUCUUGCAAGCUUUUCAUUUAAAUAGCUGUAUGUCCAGAUAUUGCGUUACAGUACUAUAGUAUAUUACUGGGAUGCAUUAAAUGGGAUCUUGUAAGGAAACUCCAUGCAGAAACCGUUACAAAUGCUGAGUGAUGAGGAAUGGAUUUUUGCGACUGUGUCAAAUUUAAAGGCAAGUGUCUCCUCCUUUCAAGAGUUCGGUUCACUUUUUAGGACCCCUGCUACAAGUUAGUCAAAUGAACAUGCUUUCAAAAUUAUUUUACCAACCCUUUUGCAUUUGGUUUGGUGACCCCUUACGCUCCCAGCACAGUGAAACAGGCAAAUUGCUUCUGCUCAUUAUAUUAGCCUAUCGCUGAACCAAAGAACAGACCUCUUAUUGGGGUGAGGGGGAAAGCAUACCAAGAGUUGUGGCAUGCUACUGCACUUAAAUGUUCCCUGGUUCUGCAAGAUGGUGUUUUGCUUGUUGUCUAUGGUAAGUAAGAUAUGAUUUUGCACCCUCCAGGUACCCAUUCUACAUGCUUGCCUGCAUAGAUGUGGAAUGGAAACUGCUCACGUGGAUCAGAUACACCAUAUGGAUUCCACUCUAUCCACUGGGAGGCCUGGCAGAAGGUACAACUGAUAUAUACAGGAUAUGUAUUCCUACUUGCAGGGAAUUAUGCAUUGCAUUUAUUCACAGGGAGAGCAAAAAACUGGAUGCAGGUUUAAAGGGUAAUCCAGACAUGGACCCAUUGCUGACGGUGCCUAGAGAGGUAUCGCCUAUAUCUCACCAACGAGGCCUAACAAGGUCAAAACAAUCAUCUGGGGUUGCUGUAUCUCUUGUGCUGUAGAGACGGCCUGCAUUUCAGAUCUGGACUCUCCUUUUAGGUGGGGUCAGUCUGAUAUGCAAAUAGUCUAGGUUCUCUUGUAAUGGCACACAAUGAGCUAAAACCAGCUUGAGAUCUGAGUGGGAACCCACCAAAGUUUAAGCUACUUAAGCUGUGAUCCAUUCUCUGUAUUCUCUUGUACUUUGUAUUUUGUUUUCUAAUGUAUAUAUUAUACAGAAAAUUAUGGUAAAUUGAAAACUAAAUGGCUAAGUUCAGUCUAAGUAGCAGAGAUGUGUCUAUUCUGCCUAAAUUUUGCAUUUAGUUUUUAGUUCACUACAAUUUUGUCUUUACCGAAUAAACAUACAUUGGCUUGGAAACCAGUUAUUUAUUUCCAUCACAUUGUGAAACCUGAAAUCUUGUGUGCUGUUUGGCCUUCUUUCAUAUUCAUUUAUUUAUUUUCUGGUUUAAUAUGGAUUAAAACUGUUACUUUUACUUUCCAGCUGCUUCCAUUGUUCAAGCGAUCCCUGUCUUCAAUGAGACAGAAAAAUUCAGCCUCCAGGUGCCACUUCUGAAUGUUGCCAUCAGUUUUUCCAUUUUCUUGAUUAUCUACCUGGUUUUCCUGGGAGCAGGUGAGUCCAUCUGCUUUUUUGGUUUAUAGACCUGUACAUAUACGGAUGAGAAGUUUUUGAAUUUUUAAAUCAUGCAUUAUAUAUUCAAGGGCCUCUCCCCACACCAAAGACCAAGAGCAGUUUAAGAACCAUCUGAAUUACGAGGGAAUAACGCAGCAGUCCGCACAUGUGGGUAAUCCCAAACAAUCCACAAAGGGAAAAAAUAAUUAUGAAAAAGUAGAUUUAUUAGAAAAAACAUAAAUAAGUACACACUGAGAGCACCAGAUGUUGUGCGAAACGCGUCUAGGGCUUACCAUUUUCUGGGUCGUCUUUUUGGGUGGUCUUUCCCCUUUACAGUAUUGUGGGUGGCUCAGUUACUUUAUAAUUAUGAAUUUUUCUUGAUUUUCCUUUUUUUAUUUAUUUAUUUUUUUUGAUACAAUUGUUCAGAUAUCAUACUGGAACUAACUUAGCAUAUGAGGACUGCUGUCACAGUGUGAUGCCAGGUGUAAUUAUUUGUUUUCUAAUAAAUGUGCUACUUUUUCAUCAUUUGUUUGGUAUUACCCAUGUAUGCAGAAGACUGUUAUUUUCUUACAUAAUUUUUGACAAUUGGGAAGAGUCCAGCACCGUGAAGUUAAUCCUGUGAUUGAAUUUGAAAUUAUUUUUUUUUUUAAUAUUUUCUGUAAUGUGGAAAGAAAAGUUCUGAUUAGCCUCUUAGUCAAAUUGGAUAUUUUUGGAGAUGCGGUUAGUUCUUUGGAGGGAGGUAAUGUACCUCACUCAUCAUGUAUGCUUUAGAAGGGACUUUAGCCCACACUUCAGCCACAAAACGUGACUCUUGUUUAGUUUCAGUAACUGAAUUUCUUGUUUUCUAAUAGGGUUGGUUAUCAAUUGCCGUCACAUGAACAAACAAAGACGCAGGCGCUUGGGCAGACGGAAGAGGAAAAUGCACUGAAAGCAGUUUUUAUUUUAUUUUUUUUAAAACACAUCUGUCCUGAAAAAAACUAUUUUUACUUUUUGAAAGUAUUUUAAUUCUGAGCCUGGGUGAUACAAUUUGACGGUUAUGGGGACCAUAAUUUAGUUUAGUUUUGGACAAUUCUGUGAUGUUUAUUUAUCAAUUACCUUUUUAAAAGCGCACACUGAGUCUUGCAUGGACACAUCACCUCUGUCUGUUUCAUACAGUUUUGGGACUAGCUGUUUAACAGUUAAUCUGUUCUAGUCGGGGUUAGACUACUUGGCAAGUCACAAACAAGGCUUUAACGGGGCACUGUCACUUUCCCAAAAGAUCACAGGGAGAGCCAUCUUGGUAAAAAAAUGUUUUUAUAAUUUUUCCACUAAAUUAAAGUGACGCUCUGGGCACUGUAAUAAUUUAAUCUCAUUGAAUUGUGCCUGGAGUCCUAUGGCACUGUCCUUCCACUUAGUGUAGCCACUCAUUAGCCGAGCAGCACAGUGGGACAGGCUGCUUGGGACCUGUAUUGGCAUUAAGCCAUUAAAAUGAUUUAAAACUGAAUAGAAGGACUGCACCAGUGGACUCCUGAAAGCAUAACCACUUCCCUUUACUAUUCUUGCCCUCUUUUGUGAAAGCAGCUAUGUCCUGGCAUCUUCAGAAUAAAUAAGGGGUAGUGGCUGAGUAUAGGACAGCUGGUAUACACAUUAUGAUUUGUGAGCUGUACAAGUUUAUGCAAAGGUAGAAUAGUCCCUUCCUUAUAACUUCUCCAAAACAAAUGACACUAUCCAAGAGUAGAAAAAAAAGGGAGGGUUGCACUCAGUCACAAGUUUUAACACUGAGCAUGGGUCCGCAAACCCCAAACAAUCUGUAUAAAUGAAAGAAAUCUCAGGCACUCACUGUGAUUACUUCCAGGCAGUUUAUUGCAACGUUUCGACCUGCAACCAGGAGUAGAACAAAACAUUUGGAUUUAUUUAUGAACGUAAAUGAGGAAAGUUUAAAAGGUGACAGAUCUUCUUUAAAGACCUUUAACCACAUGUUUUAAUAUUUUUUUUUUUUUUUUUUUGGGGGGGGGGGAGGAGGGGUGUUAAUAACCAUUCACUGGAAUUGUUGACUUUUUAGUCAAGUAGAACUCUUCAGCCUGGUCCACAAUAUGCUGUAUCUGUAGAAAUUACAAAGUUACAUUUUUAAUCCUGACGCAUCAGCAGGUUCUGAUAUAAUGCAUUGUUAAAAAAAAUAUAUAUAAAAAAUGUAAACCCUUCUCUGUUUCUGUUAUUGUGUUGUGAUGUUUAGUCUCCAAAGGAUAGAAGUUACUUUAAUAGAUUUUGGGCAAGGAAGAAGAUUGAAGCAUUUAAGUAAAACUUUAAUUGAAAAAUAUUCAGGGUCAAGUAGCUAGGUGGUGACUGUAGCGAGUGAUAAAGUUUUCUAAGUUUAGAUGUUUAAGCCUUUGAAAUUAGAUUAUUUCACUAAUAUGCACUGUAGUGGACAAACUCUGUGGCGCUUUUGAAAUUGCCUAGAUCAUUAAAAACACAAAAUAAAUAAAAAUCACUGUU